AAGGGAUAUGGGGAGAAGGCAGGAACGGGGUACUGAUUCUGGAUGAUCAGCCAUGAUCACAUUGAAUGGUGGUGCUGGCUCGAAGGGCCGAAUGGCCUACUCCUGCACCUAUUGUCUAUGUAUCUAUGUACCAGCAUCAGCAGUUUGAUGUUUCUCUGGGAGUCCCUGAAAGGGGAUUAGGGAAUGCUGCCUGUUUUUAUUUUAUGUUAUACCAUGUAGGUAUGUCCAUUAUAACGUCCCAAAAAUCUUAGCUUGGAUUACCUGAUUCAAGAUUGAGCAUUGUAUUAUCCUGGUCUGAAGGUGUAGGUAUUAUGUGGUUUUGUAUUGUCCUGUUUAUUGAGAUGCAGUGAAAUGCUUUUAUUUGCAUGCUAUCCAGUUAAAUCAGAUCACAGGGUGGCACAGUGACACAACAGGUAGAGUCGCUGCCUCGCAGUGCCGGUGAACCCGGUUCGAUCCUGACCUCUGGUGCUAACUGUGUAGAGUUUAUACUUCCUCUCUGUGACCCUGGGAGUUUCCAAUUUCCUAGGCUAAAUGUCCUCAGUUUAUAGGUGGGGAGUUCUGGGGAGUUGAUGAGAAUGUGGGGAGAAUAAAAUACGUUUAAUAUAGAGUUUUUGGUGGACUCUUUGGCGGGACAGUGGCGCUGCGGGCAGAGCUUCUGCCUCACAGCGCCAGAGACUCGGGUUUGAUCCUGACCUCGGGUGCAGUCUGUGCGGAGUUUGUACGUUCUCCCUGUGACUGCGUGGGGUUUUCCCCGGUUUCCUUCCACAUCCCAAAGGCAUGCGUGUUUGUAUGUUAAUUGGCUGCUGUAAAUUUCCUCCUCGUGUGUAGAGAGUGGAUGUGAAAGUUGGAUAACAUUGAUCUUGUGUGAAUGGGUGAUCAGGUGGGUCAGCAUGGACAUGGUGGCCCGAAGGGCCUGUUUCCAUGCUGUAUCUCUAAACUGGUAGAGCAAAUAGAAAAAUACCAGUGCAGAAUGGCAUCUGCAUGUACACCGUAUUGUAGUAUUUACAUGUACACCAUAUAUACACAUGUAUUAUUCUCCUGAUAGGAGUCCAUAUCAGUGCGUUACAUUUGAAAACAUACAGUACUAGAGGACUAUAAGGGUAUGUAGAGAGAAUGUGUGCUUUAGAUUACAAGCUGCAGAUACGAACGCAUUUAGUGCGUACUGUUUAAAAAGAUUAAAAAACAGACAUUAUACCUGUUUGAUCUCAAACUAUUUAAAAAUAUCUUUGCUAAAGUUCCAUAGGCAUUUAUUUUUAAGUGCAGAUGCUUGGUAGAAGUUAGGGAUUUUGUUGGUUAUAAUUCAAGUGCUUCUAUUUAAAGCAAUGCAGGCAGCGAACUUGUGUUUAUGUGGUUUCAAUGUUGUAAUUUAGUACAGAGAAGGGCCUUGUUCUUAGUGUAGGUUAUUCUGCUUCCUCUGGAUCAAGUAGUGUAUAUAAACCUUGCUCUUACACCAAUCUGGUUAUCCCGCCGUUCUGAACGUUGGAUUGACUUGGUUAUAGAUUGAAGUUCUCCAGUGCCGCACAUUUCUACUGCUCUCUGCUUCAUUUCAAGGUUCAGUGAGUUCCUGAGAGUUUAACAUUUUACUGUGUGUCUUUGAAGAAUAUACACAACUUGAGCAUUUCAGGAUGCCACAGUGUUGCAUCAAGUAGAGCUGCUGCCUCACAGCACCAGUGACCAGAGUUUGAUGUCAACCUCGGGUGGUGUCUGUAUCUUUAGUUUUAUGUCCUCCCUGUGACUGCGUGGGAUUUUGCCGGGUGUUCUGAUUUCCUGCCACAUCCCAUAGACGUGCGGGUUUGUUGGUUAAUUAAUCCUCUGUAAAUUGCUCCUAGUGUGAAGGAAGUGGAUGAAAAAGUGAGAUAACAGAACUAGUGUGUGAAUGGGUGAUCGAUGGUCAGUGUGGACUCGGUGGGCAGAAGCUUCUGUUUCCAUGCUGUGUCAUUCAAUUCAAUAGCUUUUCCUACCCAGAAAAGUAUCCACCUCCUGCAUAAUUUGUCAAUCUUGUAUUGUUAUUCCCUUUUACAGCACACCAGUGUUGUAUAUGUGCAGAUAUUUAUUCAACUAACUGCUAUUUCACUUGUGGACAUUGAAUGCAAGAAAGAAAUCUGCAGAAAUCUCAGGGGCGGUACAGUGGUAGAAUCCUUCUGUGCUGCAAGGAAGAAAGUUCUAGCCUGCUCAACCUCACCCUAUAGCUAUGUCCCCUGGUUGUUGACUUAAACCCAUGGUGCUGAAUUUCCUUCAGAUAUUUAGUUUGUUGCCAUUUUGUCUUCUACAGACGCUAGAGGAAUUGCAGAUGCCUGUUUAAGAGGAACUGCAGAUGCUUGUUUACAAAAGAAGAGACAAAAUGCUGGAGUAACUCAGUGAGGCAGGCAACAUCGAUGGAGAACAUGGAUAGGUGACUAAUUUGAAGAUGUCUCUUGAUCCGAAACGUCUCCUAUCCAUGUUCUCCAGAGAUGCUGCCUGGCCCGCUGAGUUACUCCUCUUUUUUUUCUUAGCCUAUAAGACCAUAAGAGAUUGGAGCAGAAUGAGUCCAUUCAGCCCAUCGAGUCUGCUCUGCCAUUCGAUCAUGGCUGAUCUAUAUUUAUCUCUCAACCACAUUCUCCUGCCUUCUUCCCAUACCCUUUGACACCCUUACUAAUCACGAACCUGUCAAUCUCUGCUUUAAAAACACUCAAUAUCUUGGCCUCCACCGCCGUCUGUGGCUUCUACUCUCGGGAGACUGAAGUGAAAUGGAGCAAGCCUAUUCCUUCGUGCCUCAGAUCAACCAACUGUACGAGGCAAUGGGCGAACCUUGCGUGACUCACCCACUCUUGACAAACCUGUCGGGCAUGAUAUCGUGGCUGUUUAAAGGAUGUGCUGGUAAAACCGAGCUGUCAGGUUUAAAGGCUGCGAUCUUCUUGUUCCAGGUUGACUGUGCAUUGAACAUGGAUACCGAUUUUGAGGUUAUCGUGAACACUGGUGUACCGCAGAAAGACUCAGCCAAGGCCGUAACAAUCGCCAUCUCAGCUCGCGCUCUCUUUGAUAUGGAGGAAGAGCACGAAUUAUUCAUGACAGAAGGGCCUGAAGAAUACGUCAAUCACCAGAUCAUCAAUGAAGACAUCCCUCUGAAGGAAGGGAUUGUAUUUCCAUUCAUCAGGGCUAUUCACAUGGUCAAUGAAAGAUUACUGAGCUUGGAUCCCGAAGAAAAGCAACUCUUUCAAAUUAUUCUUCUAUCAACUCACAGCGCUGGGGGAGGAGUACGGAUCAUUAAGAGUGUAAAGUAUUAUGGUUUGGACGUUAGCAAAUUUUGCUUCUUGAAUGGACAUGACCCUUCGGAAUACCUGAAGUCUCAGAACGUAUUGCUGUUCCUUUCAGCGUGCGAAACCUCGGUGUGCAAUGCACUGAAAAGACAUAUUCCCGCAGCACUUAUGUUGAAGCAAGCAUCAGCUACAUCGAAGGAUCAACUCAAGGUAGCAUUCGAUGGAGAUUCGGUGUUGUUCUCAGAUGAGACCGAUGUCGUGUUCAGAGAGAAGGGUCUCGUGGAGGUCUUCAAAUAUGAGAAGGAGAUGGAGCAAGUUCCUAUAGGGGAAGGCCCAUUCAAAGUGUUUGCCAUGAUACUUGGGGAGAUGAAGAAGAAGUUUCCCCCUGAGGAUGACCCAAUCUGCACGUACCUGGUGACAGCGAGGAGUAGCAAUGAGUUGGGUGCACGAGCCAUUAAUACCCUGCGCCACUGGGGACUGCAGAUCGACGAAGCCUUCUUCAUGGGCGGCUCCCCAAAAGGCCCCGUCUUAGCUGAAAUCAAACCUCACAUUUUCUUUGACGAUAACCCGGGCAACAUCCUCGGCGCUCAUGAGUACGGGAUUCCCGCCGGCCUCGUUCUAGCUGGGUGUAAAUAGACUGAGAUGAUGGUUGC